CGAGUGACGCACUUCCGGCUGUUCUAAGGUUCUCUCCUUACGGAAAGCACGUCCACCGCCUCUGUCCAUUUACGACCAUUUUUAGUCCUUAUAACCUCGCCUCAGUCCUAUUUGAAUCGUUACCGGCACUACCACAACAUUUAUAUUUGCCUUUAACGUCGUGUUUACACUGUCGUCUUGUUGUUUUGGACAUUUAAUUGACCUACGUUAGCUUCGUCAUUAGCCACCAUUCACUCGAGGAAAUAAAGGUGACAAUCAUGGAUCAAAGUGUAGUGACAGCUCAUACACAAAAGAGCCCGUGGGGUCCAGCUGCACCAGCUGUCCCGUCCUGCUCGCUGACUGAUGUGAUGAGCGAGCAGCUGGCCCGGCAACUGGAGGAAGAGAACCAAACGUUCCCAAGCCUCACUGAUCCAGCAGGUUUGAUGUUGUCCGACGACACCGUGGACACAGAGAGUGACCUGAUGCUGGCUCAGAUGCUGCAGAUGCAGUUUGACCGCGAGUGUGACGAUCAGCUGCGUCGCGAGGAGAGGAAGUUCAACGGAGAAAGCAAAGUGUCCAUCUCCUUUGAGAACUACCGCAUGGUGCACCCGUAUGAGGACAGCGAGACCUCAGAGGACGAGGUGGACUGGCAGGACACCAGACACGACCCCUACAGAGCAGACAAGCCUCAGACCACACCCAGGAAAGGUUUCACUGGGAAAGGCAAGAACAUCACAACCAAACAUGAUGAAGUUAUGUGCGGCCGCAAGAACACUGCCCGCAUGGACAACUUUGCCCCCGAGGUGCACGUUGGUGACGGUCUGGGCAUGGACCUGAAGUUGUCCAAUCAGGUGUACAACUCACUGAAGCAGCACUGCCACAACGAGCAGAAACGCAGCGCGAGACUGCACGAGAAGAAGGAGCACUCGACCGCUGAGCAAGCCGUGGACCCUCGCACUCGUCUGCUCAUGUACAAGAUGGUGAACGCCGGCGUGCUGGACAACAUCAAUGGCUGCAUCAGCACCGGGAAAGAGUCGGUCGUCUUCCAUGCUAAUGGAGGAAGCCUGGACGAGCAGCCCAUCCCAGACGAGGUGGUCCUCAAGGUGUUCAAGACUACUCUCAACGAGUUCAAGAACCGAGACCGCUACAUCAAAGACGACUACCGCUUCAUUGACCGCUUCACAAAGCUCAACCCGCGAAAGAUCAUCAGACUUUGGGCCGAGAAGGAGAUGCACAACCUGUCCAGGAUGAAGAAGGUGGGGAUUCCGUGUCCAGAUGUGGUCAUGUUGAGGAAACACAUCCUUGUGAUGUCAUUCAUUGGCAAAGAUCACAUCCCCGCUCCUAAACUGAAGGACGUCAUGCUGAGCUCUGACGACAUGAGGGACGCUUACUACCAGGUCUUAAAUAUGAUGCAGCAACUGUAUCAGAAGUGUAAUCUGGUUCAUGCUGACCUCAGUGAAUACAAUAUGCUGUGGCACCAAGGAAAGGUGUGGCUUAUAGACGUCAGUCAGUCCGUUGAGCCGUUGCAUCCUCAUGGCCUGGAAUUCCUCUUCAGAGACUGCAAGAACGUUUCCACGUUCUUCCAGAAGCGAGGUGUGAGCGAGGCAAUGAGCACGUUUGAGCUUUUCAACGCUGUGACCUUGCUGGACAUUCCCAUUGAAGCUGAGAAUGAGGCAGAGUUUUUUGCUGAGAUCGUGGCGUUGGAGAAGAGGAACGAGGACCACGUCCAGCGGCGUGGGAAGAAGACCUUCCCCGUGGCCUCUGAAGACCCCCCUUUUGAAGUAGACUCUGACGACUAACGCUCACCGGCUCGCUCUCUUCGCCACUUGGAAGAGGCCGUUGAGAAGAUGGCACCGCCCACCAACCGCUUCCUUGGCUCAGGCAGGACACAGCGCCUCCUGCUGGCUGCACUGUGUUGAGGUCCUGCUUUAGGAAAGCGGAGCUCUUAAUCUUGAUUGGUUCCACUGUGAGGUCAUCAGAAUACCUGACACAGCUGGAAUCGCACUGUUGGAAGAUUGGAGGGAUGGGUUCAUAUUUGGAGCAAUAGAUCAUGUGAUUUUAAGUUCUAUAAUUAUCAUGUUGAGGGGGAGAGAGUUAGGAGGUGAGAUGAUCGUCAGCUUUGUUUAACCAAGAAGGAAAAUAAUUGUCACCAAUUGUGUGAAAAGACAGAGAAUGUCUUGAAAUGUUGAAAUAAACAUUCUAAACACCAAAA